GGGGAAGUCGUACCACCCCUUGAAAAGUUAACUAUAUUCCUCUCCCUUCAACUUCAAGUGCGUGUGGGUGGAACAAAGGGAAUAUCGACAGUCCCGAUAAAAUCUGCCUUUUGAAAAGGAGGGGAGAGAGAGAAGCAGAACUCAAUCCUCAGUAUGUCUACAGUAAAUGGGAACGGUGGGGUGAAACGUGAGGAAGAGGAGUCGUUGGAUUCGAAAUAUUCGUUUGAGAAUCGGAUUUCGAAUGGUAGCGUUGCAGUUCAGACGAUUCAAGUGACGAACGCUGGACGCGAAGCUGACACGAAAUUAGAUCAACAUCAUUCGUACGAAUUUGGUGGGCCGUGGGGUGUCGCUACGAUGAUGGCAUUCUUUCCAACACUCAUGUACUACCUUUGGAUAUGCCUUGAGUUUUAUGACGGUCAAAUUAUCGCUCCAAAGUCAUUAGGUGAUAUCGUGCCUUUCUUCGGUCGAAUGUGGGGCCAUAUUCGAGACCAUGCAACACCUACUCCCUAUACAUUCAGUCUUUACACGAGUCUGAUGGUCUACCAACUCACCCUUGCGUUCAUCAUGCCAGGUUACAUCCAAGAAGGUCUCCCCGUCCCUUCGCUCAACUACAAAACCCUCAAGUACAACUGUAACGCUCUAGGAUGUUGGUACACAACCCUCAUCACCAUCUACGUUCUCCACGUUACCCACAUCUUCCGUAUCACCGAGAUCAUCGAUCACUUUGGUUCUCUCAUGACCGUCGCAAUGUUCUACGGGUUCGCCGUCAGCUUCGUAACGUAUUAUUGGGCCGUUUGGACCAAGGAUGCAGUGAGGAUGUCUGGAAAUUUCGUUUACGAUGUUUGGAUGGGUGCGGCGCUGAAUCCGAGAUUGGGAAGCGUGGAUUUGAAGAUGUGGGCUGAAGUUCGCAUCCCUUGGGUUUUGUUGUUUUUGAUCGCUCUCUCGGGAGGGGUGAAGCAGUAUGAGACUUAUGGGUAUUGUACUCCUAACAUGGCAUUCAUGAUCCUUGCGACUGGUUUAUACAUCAAUGCAUGCGCCAAAGGCGAAGAGUGCAUUCCACAGACUUGGGACAUGUUCCAUGAGAAAUGGGGUUUCAUGGUCAUUUUCUGGAACUUUGCUGGUGUUCCUUUCACCUAUUGUUAUUCGAUAAUCUACAUGGCCACUCAUGAACCAGAGAAGUACCGCUUCUCGACACCUGGGUAUAUUGCUUUAUAUGCUACACUCCUUACUGCCUACUACAUCUUCGACUCAUCCAUGUCACAAAAGAGUCGCUUCCGCAUGCAAAUGCAAGGUAACUAUAAAUACCGCUGGACGUUCCCUCAAUUACCAUGGGGAACGCUUAAGAACCCGACCUACAUUCAGACUGCUCAUGUGAACCGCCUUCUGACGUCCGGAUGGUGGGCAUACGCUCGCAAACCCAACUAUACCGCUGACUGGGUUCAAUCUUUGACAUGGGGGCUCGUCGUAGGGACUGCCUCACCAAUACCUUAUUUCUAUUCGAUCUUCUUCAUUUGCGUCCUCAUUCACAGGUGUGGACGCGAUUUUGAACGGUGUGCUGCCAAGUAUGGAGAUGAUUGGAAGGAGUAUUGCAGAAUCGUGAAGUGGAAAUUCAUUCCUGGAGUGUAUUGAUCUAUUUAAGCUCCUGCUCGAGAGGCGGGUUAAGUUCAUUCGGAUUUGAUUUUGCUGUGGCAAUGAUAUUAAUAUGGUAAGGGUGGUACUGAGCUGCCUGUUGAGGGCGAUGGGAAUAAAGUAAACCGGUCAAGGAUGGAGCACUUGUAGGAAUGGACCCAAACAACUGUGCAAAAGCCAGACAACUCUAUCGGUAGCUUCUUCUAAACGGUGAAUCUACAAAUUCUGCCUCAUGUGUCAUAACACACUUGUCAUGCAUGACUCGGUGCAGCCGCGGCGUCACAAA